GAUCACAAUAUUUGUCACUGUCAUGGCUUAAAAACCAACUCACUUCUGAUCACUCAAACCCUUCUGACCUAUUUGCUGUCUGCCACAACACUGUCUAUUUUGGGUUAGUAGCUCAGAGGGCCACAGCAGUGGAGGGGGUACAUAUCUUUGUCUCUUGCAAUUGCUCAAACCCUCUCUAAGACCCUCGACUGACACAUUUGGGAACAUCAACAAUACAUGAAAAACAAGGACAUUUACUGGUCUUCUUAGACCAAAGAAAACACAGGAGCUGAUGUAUGAGACAACCUCCUGACCAGAGUGCAUAAAACUUCCUGUGUAACUUUUGAAAUAUUAUUGUAACUAAAAACAUUGAGGCAAAAUGGAUUUUACAGCCAAACAUGGGCUGGUGCUGCUGGACCAGCUGAGGAAGAUGAGGGAGAGUGAGCAUCUGACAGAUGUGGUGCUGGUUGCUGAGGGCAUUAGCUUUCCCUGUCACCGGGUUGUUCUAUCCGCCUUUAGUCCAUACUUCCGUGUGAUGUUCACAUGUGGCCUGCGUGAGUGUAACACCAGAGAAAUAUUCCUGCGUGACACCCCUGCAGACAGCCUGUCCCUCCUCUUGAACUACAUGUACUGCUCAGAUCUUCCUCUAACUAACGGCAAUGUACAAGGCAUCUCUAUUGCAGCUUUUCUGCUGCAGAUGGAUGACGUCUUUACUCGCUGUCAGCAACACAUGACCGAGAACAUGGAUGCCUCCAACUGCCUUGGUGUGUAUUACUUUGCCCGGGACCUCGGUGCAGAGGAACUGGCUGACCAUGCUAAGCGGUUCCUGAGGCAGCACUUUGUCCAAGUCUGCCAAAAUGAGGAGGUCCUGGAGCUGGAGGCCCAUCAGCUGGGAAAGCUCCUGACUUCUGAUGACCUUAAUGUUUCACGAGAAGAGACCAUCUUGGAUGUGGUCCUUCGCUGGGUCAAACACAGCACUCUGAUGGAUGGAGAAGUCCGUGUUCUGCACCUUCCAGAGCUACUGAGGAAGGUCCGUCUGCCACUGAUAAACCCUGACUAUUUAAGAGAGGCGAUGAAGAGGAACACGGCCCUGUUGGCCGAUGCUGAAUGUCUAGAGAUGCUCAAUAAAGCCUUGGAGACCACAGCGAUGCAUCCCUCAGCUGCCCCACGCAAACUAAAGCUGCGGUACGGCAUGGAGACCACAUAUCUGCUGCUCUGUGUUGGAAACGAUGGUGGUGGGAUUAGGUCAAGAUAUGGGACCUAUACUGAGCACAGCUUUUGCUAUGCUCCAUCCACAGGCCGAACCUACUAUAUCACUUCACCUCGCUAUGCAGAGGCUCUGGGGUAUGUGUGUGCUGGGAUUGUGACUGAAAGAAAUGACAUUAUAGUGGCAGGAGAGGCAGGUGCACGAAGAAUGGCCCGACAGAGGGACAUGAAUGUUGAGAUUUACAGGUACAAAGUAGAGGCCCAAGGAAGCUGGGAGCACCUGACGACAGCAGAGUACCGUGAUUCAUAUGCCCUGGGGUCACUGGGUGACACUCUAUAUCUGCUGGGUGGGCAGAUGAAACUGAAGGAUCAGUUUCUCAUCACUAACUGUGUAGAACGAUGGUCUCUGCAAGGAGGACCUUGGCGCAGUGCAGCACCCCUGCCUAUGCCUUUGGCCUAUCACAGCGUGGUCACAAUGAAAGAUCGCCUUUAUGCGAUUGGUGGUCGAACACCUCAGUCAUACCGGAUGGAUGAUGAGCCUGACCGUCUUAGUAACCGCCUCCUGGAGUAUGAUCCAAACACAAAUAAGUGGACAGAGCUAGGUCCCAUGAAGUACUCAAAGUACCGCUGCAGUGCUGUUGUACUCAAUGGUGAAAUUUUUGUGAUGGGAGGUAUUGGCUGUGAGGGUGUUGACUGUGGGCAAUCACGCCGCUGCCUCGAUGCUGUGGAGAUCUACAACCCAGAUGGAGAUUACUGGAGGGAUGGACCUCCUCUCCCAUCUGCACAACUCUCACUGCGCACCAAUGCCUCAAACGCAGGAGUGGUGGGAGGCAAGAUCUAUGUGUGUGGAUACUACAAAGGAGCAGAUCGCCAUGAUGAUAUAACAAAGGACAUUUUGGAGCUAGACCCAUGGGAGAACCGCUGGACAGUGGUGGCUCGGCACGCUUUAAUGCAUGACAACUAUGACGUCUGCUUAGUGGCAAAACUCAACCCAAGAGGACUCAUGUCCCCACCUGCAGACUUAGUUAAACAGUGACACCUCUGUCACCAGACCCCAGAUCAGGUCAAAGUCUUUAUGGAAGAAUUAGCUAAAUAAAUUAAUUAUUAAUGCACUUAUUGCUGGGCCAAAGGCAUUCAUUUUUGCAAGC